AUGAUUAACCCCACCUUCCUCGCCCAGAAGUCGCGGUCCUCCGCCAACUGGGCCGAUGCCAAGCGCCGGGUGCUGAAGGCCUACCGCGACUGGCUGCGCGCCGCUCCGGAAAUCCAGAAGAUGUACCAGCUCAACAUCGAGGUCUCCCAGAUCCGCACCAAGGCGCGCCAGGAGUUCGAGCGCCACAGAUACGUCCAGCAGCUCCAGACCGUCGACGUUCUGCUGCAGCAGUCGAAUGCCGAGUACCAGGAGACGCUCAACUACUGGAAGCAGCUGUCGCACGUCCUGAAGUACUUCAAGGUCGAGGAGGACCCGAAGCAGAAGCUGCCCAACAACUUCAUUACGGGAUUCCUUGAGGGUCGCAACUAG